AUGAGAUCUUUAGUGAGCUUUUCCAUAUUUCUGGGCGGUGCCUGGCUGGCCACCGCCGAGACAAUUGAGAAAACCUGCGGCCGGAGCGAAGGUAUAAUUCGCUAUUCUCACGAGCGGCACAUCGCCGGGUUCGGCUCUCUGCCUGCCGACUUUCGCGACAAGUACUUCGACACUGCCAGCAUAGGCUCGGCCAUCCAGAUCACCAACUGGGCGAGGCCGGCUUGGAACGACACCAACAACACCCCCUACACCGGCAUACUAUGGGGCCUCAGCGACCGCGGCUGGAACAACGAGGGCACCGUCAACUACCAGCCGCGCGUCCACCGCUUCAGCCUUACCUUGGCCCCUAGCCACCCAGUUCCGCGAGAGAGGAUCACGCUUGCAUACCUCGACACCAUCCUCCUCCGGGAUCCCGAGGGAAACCCGACCACGGGCUUAGACCCGGACGACUUCGGCGGUAUCGAAUUCCCCCACUUCCCCCUUCUCCCCUCCGCCACGUACCUCGGCGACGGCUGGGGCGGCGGGGACCAGAACCAAAUCACGACGCGCGUCGCCAUCGACCCGGAGUCGCUGCACGUGGACGAGGCCGCAGGCCUCCUGACCAUCGGGGACGAGUACGGGCCCAUGAUCUACACCUUUUCCAUGUCCGGGAGGAUGAUAUCCGCCACGGCGCCACCGGGAGCGUUCCUGCCGUACCGCGGGUCCAACGCCACGCAAAUGGAGCCGAGCUUCUCAUCCGACGACCCGCGCAUCGGCGACCCGGGCCGGUGGCCCAUCACGUCUGAGCCGGCGUCGGGCAGGCCCAACAACCGCGGCUUCGAGGCGCUGGCCGUCAGCCCCUCGGGCGGCGAGAUGUUUGCCCUGAUGCAGGCGCCGCUGAUGCAGGAGGGCAUGUACCAGCCCGACCAGUACCGCACCGCACGCCUGCUGUACUACAAGCGCGUGGCCAAGCCCGGCGGCGAGCUCGCCCACACCCUCGAGGCCGAGUACCUGGUGCCGAUGCCGCGGUGGAGCAAGUCGGAAAAGGUCGAGACGCUGCCGACGUACACGGACAUGAUCUGGCUGUCGAGGUGGCAGGUGCUGGUGCUGGCGCGGUCGAUGGGCCAGGGACGCGGGGGCGCCUUGGGCGCGCACAGCACGUACCGGCAGGUGGACGUGGUCGACCUGCGGACGGCGGAGAACGUGCUGGGGUCCAAGGACGCGCGGUACGAGAAGACGUUGGACCCCGAGGACGGAGCACCCAACGCGUGGGCGAGGAUCAAGCCGGCGCUGCACUGCGGGUUCCUCGACAUCAACGACGGCAUUGACCUGUACGAGUACGGCCUGCACAGCUCCGGCGAGGACGACGCCGACCUGAUGAGCGAGAAGUGGGAAGGCAUCACGCUCGCCAACACGGGGACGCCGAGGGAGUGGUUCCUGUUUGCGGCGUCGGAUAACGACUAUGCGACGCAGAACGGCUUUGUCAAAGGCGGCUUAGUCACAUAUCAAGACCCAAGGAAGAUCUCCGUCGAUACUCAUAUUCUGGCCUUUAGGGUGCGUCUGCCUUUGGGAAUGCCAUAUUGA